GAGGUGCUGGUUAGAAGGGCAUACCCUCAGACGCCCACUCCAGACUUGAUGAACCAGAAACUCGGGGGCAGGGAGCACCACCCGGGUUAUCUGCACUUUCACAAGUCCUCUAAGUGAUUAUAACGCUUUAGUAGCGCCAAUCAACGAUCCAUUAGGGCCGCGCCUGUCUUGCAGAGCGCCGUUUCCAAGACCAGUGGACGGCGAUGCUGGACCACGGGUCCGGAGGGUGCCGGAGACAGCACGCAGCGCGUCCUCCCAGGGCACCUCCCCGCUCCGGCACCUCCGCUGGACCCCUGGCUGGGUGGGGAGGGGCGGCCGGACGGGGCGGGCCGGAGGCUGGCGUCCCGCCUCCCGAGCAGCGGCUGGCCGCGACGUGCCCUCUCUUCCUUCCCUUCCUCCUUUCUUCCUUUUCUUCCUCCCUCCUUCCGCCGGCGCGAUGGAGCCGGGGCGCGGGGCGGCCACGGCGCUACUGGCGCUGCUGUGCGCGGGCUGCGCGCUGCGCUCGGCGCGCGCCCAAUACGAGCACUACAGCUUCCGCAGCUUCCCGCGGGACGAGCUGAUGCCAAUCGAGUCGGCCUACCGGCACGCGCUGGAUCAAUACAGCGGCGAGCACUGGGCAGAGAGCGUGGGCUACCUGGAGAUCAGCCUGCGGCUGCACCGCCUGCUGCGCGACAGCGAGGCCUUCUGCCACCGCAACUGCAGCGUGGCGCCCCAGCCCGCGCCGGCCGCCGGCCUCGCCCGCUACCCCGAGCUGCGCCUCUUCGGGGGCCUGCUGCGCCGCGCGCACUGCCUCAAGCGCUGCAAGCAGGGCCUGCCAGCCUUCCGCCAGUCGCAGCCCAGCCGCGAAGUGCUGGCCGACUUCCAGAGCCGAGAGCCCUACAAGUUCCUGCAGUUCGCCUACUUCAAGGCAAAUAAUCUUCCAAAAGCCAUUGCAGCUGCUCACACAUUUCUACUGAAGCAUCCUGAUGAUGAAAUGAUGAAGAGAAACAUGGCAUAUUACAAGAGCUUACCCGACGCCGAGGACUAUAUUAAAGACUUGGAAACCAAGUCAUAUGAGGGAUGCUGCCUGCCCAGGAGGUUUGGGAGAAAUCAGAGCAGUGGCCCACCUUCUCUACCUGCCACCUUCAGCUUGACCCUGUUCAUCCGCGCGGUGCGUGCGUACAACGGUGAGAACUGGAGGACAGCCAUCACGGACAUGGAGCUGGCCCUUCCUGACUUCUUUAAGGCCUUUUACGAGUGUCUCGCAGCCUGUGAGGGCUCCAGGGAGAUCAAGGACUUCAAGGAUUUCUACCUUUCCAUAGCAGAUCACUACAUAGAAGUUCUACAAUGCAAAAUACAGUGUGAAGAGAACCUCACCCCAGUUAUAGGAGGCUACCCGGUGGAGAAAUUUGUGGCUACCAUGUAUCAUUAUUUGCAGUUCGCUUAUUACAAAUUGAACGACCUGAAGAAUGCGGCCCCCUGUGCAGUCAGCUAUCUGCUCUUUGACCACGAUGACAAGGUCAUGCGGCAGAACCUGGUGUAUUACCAGUACCACAGGGACAAGUGGGGCCUCUUGGACGAGCAUUUCCAGCCCAGACCCGAAGCCGUUCAGUUCUUUAACGUGACCACACUCCAGAAAGAGCUGUAUGACUUUGCUAAGGAAAAUAUCAUGGAUGAUGAUGAGGGAGAGGUUGUGGAGUACGUGGAUGACCUCUUGGAUCUGGAAGAGACUGGCUAGUCCACAGCCGCCAGAGACUCCCCUCGCUGUGCAGGAAAAUUCUUUGUGUUUCUUUACCCAGUAGCCCAAGUUAUGGACACCUCAAGGCCUUCUCUUUACUCUGUGGAGUAAAAGGGGAGCCUCCAUUUCUCACUACGUAUAAGGUGUGAGCCAGCCUUCCCCCUGACCACAUCUGCUUUCCCUGUGUUCACACCUGUCACCCCAUGUUCACACCCACCUCCCCAUCAUCUCACCUGCCUUCUCCAUGUUCAUGCUGCCUUUCUUACCAUUUUCGUUGGGAGAACAGUCUUCCAGAGUUUUUUUUGUUUCUUUUCAAGAGAAUUAGUAUUAUUUUUUAAAUAAGAAAAAUACUCCUAAAAGGCGAUGAUUGUGAAAACCUACUUUGGCCUUUCUGUUCUUCCAGAUAUUAGUCUCCCUUGUCCCCAAGCCCUGAUCCAGGAAAGGUGGUGGAGGACAAAGGCUAACUUUAUCCACGCCCCAUGAUGGACUACCCAUGGCCUGCCCUGCACCAUUCUGGCACCCACUGAGAAAGAAGUUGGGUAGACAUUGCAGAAUACAGAAAUGUGGCUUUUUCUAGCACUUUUGCAGUUCCAAAGUCUUACAAUGGUGCUUGAUCCCAUUUGAGCACAGUACGCAGUUAUACAUCUUAGAGUUGGAAAUGGAAGAACUCAGAGUCUAGUUUGGUUCAUCGUUUCAAUAAAUAUUUAAUGAGCACCUA